GUGUGUACCAGUUGCCACCAAUGCUCCUGGUUUUUAUCUUUCCCCCCAAGUCGAGAUGCACGCGAAAGAACUUCUCAACAGCGCGUGUGCUCCCACUCUUCUGGACGGGUUUCACCUGUCCCUUGGACAUCGAGCAGCCAAGACAGGGUAGCAGCGGUCCAUCCGUCAGCUGCACUCCCUGCUGNGGUUUUCAUCUUUCCCCCCAAGGCGAGAUACACGCGAAAUACUUUUUAAUUGCGCGUGUGCUCGUGCUCUUCUGGACAAGUUCCACCUGUCCCUUGGACAUCGAACAGCCAAGACAGGGUAGCAGCGGUCAAUCCGUCAGCUGCACUCCGUGCUGCUCCGCCGUGAUCCUAAGCAAUGUCUCGUGGGCAUGGCCGUGUGUGAGGUUGUACUCGUUGCAGUCAGUGGGGCUGGCUGCUUUCGCAUCGCCAGGAACAAUGAGUGUGGCACAGGCGGUGUGUAGCGUUGGCUUUAUUUGAUAGUCUCGUUGGGUCAGCAGCUUUCCAGUCCGGGGGAACCACACCUCCCCCCCGGCUUUCGUGGUCAGCAUGAGGCCCUCCUUCAUCUCCGAAUACGUGUGGCCCUCCUCCGCCAACGAAGACAGCGAGAGGAGGUUGUAGGGGGCCUCUGGUACAUGGGCAGCAUUCAGUACUGGCACGGGUACUCCACCAUCUUACCGUCUGUAGGACUAAGGUCACAUCUCCGUAUCCUAGAAGAGGAACGGGGGCCUUGUCGCCUCCGAUCCCCUUCACCCAACCGCUACGCUCACGGUAGUUCACGAAGUUGUCUGCACAUCGGAACAUGGAGCACGUGGCCGCUGUGUCGGCCACGUACACCGCCUGGCCUUGUUCCACAACCCCCACUAGACCUACUUCACCAACGGUACCACACUCGCCUGGGGGGACUGCCACGGCACAAAACGCCUGGUCUUCCACGGAGUCCACGUCGCUCUCAUGCUCCACCACUUGCGCUAGGACGGCCUCCUCCGUCGCGCACUUUUCUUUGGUGUGGCCCCACCCCUCGCAGCGCGCACACCACGGCACGAAGUCCGUCUUGUUGGUAGUGCAGCCAAUCGCUUGAUGUCCACGAUGUCCACAUCUAAAGCACCGGCCCGGGAACUUAUAGUCCCCACCACCGCCGCCAUCGGCGCCUCCACUGCUGCUUCCCUUGCUCUCCUCGACUCCUCCGGAUCCGCCUGAGCGGCCGCCGCGACCACCUCCGCCGCGGCCACGACUGCUGCUGCGGCCACGGCCGCCGCCACGACCACGACCUUGCCCCUGACUCCUACUUGAGUACCGCUCCUUGCGGCCCUCACCGUCGGCGAGGUACGCUUGCUCUGCGCCCUUCACCCCUUUUCCUUUCCCCUGCUCCAGCUUGUCCUUGAUCGCCUUGUAUUCGAUCAUUACUUCCUUUUGCACACCGGUCCGCAUCAACUCCUUCGAGUGUCGCAGAUUGUGCUUUGUCAUGGCAUACUCGUCCGAAAGGGCAUCCAGGAAGAGGUGAAGGACGAACGUUUCGUUGACAGUUAGUCCUUUCUCGGUUAAGGACUUUGCGGUUUGGAGCAUCCUAUUUAGGGCGUUUUGGGGGGUUUCACCUCUAGAGAUCUUGGUCGACGUCAGGGACUUGAGGUCCUCUGACGGCUGUACAGAUGAUUCAGGGUCGUGAAUGGUCUUGAGCUCACGAAGAGCUCCCUGGGGGGUCUCUGCCCUGUUCAUGAUUUUCCGAUCUUUUCUUUCAACGCGUAAGACAGGAAGUUCCACGCGUGGAAUGCGAGCUAUACUUGCUCGCUCCGGUACUGCUGUGACAGCGAAAACUUGCUCUUUCCGCUGUUGACGGGGAUCUCCAAGCUCCCGCUCUCUUCAACUUGUUCCAACAGGUUUGCGCUUUAAGCUGCCAUGCGGAAAUCAUUUCGCCAUUCGUUGAAAUCUUUCGAUCUCCCGCUGAACGGAGAAGUGUACCACACACUUUGGUACCCCGUCGCAGCGGUUGUGGCUACGUAUCCAAAGCCAACAGCAGCACCACCAUCUCCCAUGGCACUACCGCAAUCUUGGUUGUGAGCAGCGGCU